AUGGCAGCAAUCGGCUCGCUCGUCUUCUGUACUGACUGCGGUAACCUGCUCGACGCCAGCGCAGGCAAGAAAAACGCCAUGCUAAUCUGCCAGAUCUGCGGCGCCCAAUGCAAAGAUACCUCCUCCAAGGUCAUCGUUACGCACUCAAAACCCACCGCCUUUCCGUCGUCGUUGCGCGCGAAGAGGUCGGAGGUGCAAACCAUCACCGAAGCCGACAUGCAGACGCACGCCGUCAUCAACCAGACAUGCGAGGAGUGCGGCAGGGAGGAGGUCCGCUUCUACACGCAGCAGCUGCGCAGCGCCGACGAGGGCACCACCGUCUUCUACGAAUGCGAAUGCGGGAACAAAUGGAACACGAACAACUGA